AUGAAGCCCUAUUUUGGACUUCGAGGCUCGAGCCUCAACAUCAUGAUCAGUAUUAUUGCUGGCCUUGAUUUCUUACUAUUUGGUUAUGACCAGGGCGUCAUGGGAGGUCUAUUGACCUUGAACUCAUUCGUCACAGUCUUCCCUGAAAUUGACACCACUCAUUCAAGUUCCUCAACGAGUACCAAUUCCACAACACAAGGAAUUACCACUGCAUCUUAUAACCUGGGCUGUUUCUUUGGCGCCAUCUUCUGCAUUUGGAUUGGAAACUAUCUUGGUCGCCGCAAGACUAUCUUCACCGGCUCAAUCAUCAUGAUCGUCGGUGCAACUCUACAGGCCUGCGCAUAUUCUCUGCCCCAUCUUAUUGUCGGCCGCAUCGUGACCGGUAUUGGAAAUGGCAUGAACACUUCCACUGUUCCCACAUGGCAAUCCGAAUGCUCCAAGUCCCACCACCGUGGCCAGCUAGUCAUGUUGGAAGGCUCCUUGAUCGCCGCUGGAAUUACAAUCAGUUACUGGAUCGAUCUUGGCUUCUCCUUCUUGGACCCCAGCUCAGUUGCCUGGCGAUUCCCCAUCGCUUUCCAGAACGCCUUCGCCCUGGUAAUCUUGAUUUUUGUCCUGCCAUUGCCCGAAUCACCUCGUUGGUUGAUUCUCAAGGGUCGCGAGGAGGAAGCCGUGGAAGUUCUCGCCGCUAUUCUGGAUCUAGACGAAAGGGAUCCUUACGUCCACUCUGAGUUCUCCGCUAUCAAAGAUGCUGUCCUCGAAGCUUCGGCUGUUAGCUUCCGUGACUUGUUCACAAUGGAUGAAGAUCGCCAUUUCCACCGCGUGGUUCUCGCCUACGUCAAUCAGAUGUUCCAGCAGAUUUCUGGUAUCAACCUCAUCACGUACUAUGCCGCGACCAUCUACGAAAGUAUUGGAAUGGACGGGUUGACUUCGCGUAUUCUGGCUGCCUGCAAUGGAACAGAGUACUUCUUGGCGUCUUUGAUCCCGAUUUUCAUUAUUGAGAAAGUCGGUCGCCGCCUUUUAAUGUUGAUCGGUGCUGCUGGAAUGUCAAUUUCGAUGGCUGUCUUGGCUAUUACUACCAGCUUCGAGGGCAAUAGCCAAGCCGGAAUCGCCGCCGCCGUUUUCUUGUUCGUGUUCAACACCUUUUUCGCCCUGGGCUGGCUGGGCAUGACUUGGUUGUACCCUGCAGAGAUUGUAAGUCUCGCAUGCUCCAAUCUGGUUGCAAAGCUAAUGAUUGACCAGGUUCCCCUUCGUAUCCGUGCACCCGCCAACGCACUCGCAACGUCUGGUAACUGGAUCUUCAACUUCAUGGUCGUGAUGAUCACCCCUGUUGCGUUCGACUCGAUCAAGUACAAGACCUACAUCAUCUUCGCGGUCAUUAAUGCUUUCAUUUUCCCUGUCAUCUACUUCUUCUAUCCCGAAACCGCCUACCGAUCCCUGGAGGAGAUGGAUACCAUCUUCCACAAGACUAGUAGCGUCUUUAAUGUUGUUUCGGUUGCCCGCCAAGAACCUCAUCGCUAUGGCAAGAACGGCGAACUGCUUAUCAACUAUGAAGACACCGAAGAGCAUUUGCGUCGCGCUAGCUAUGUUUCUGACAAACCGAAGAGCAAGAUGGUCUCUCCAACGGGUGAUUUGGAGACUGGAAAGGGGACCCACGUCGAGCACCGUAAAGGCAGUGCUAGCGCUUCCGAUAGCAACUAA